AUGCGCGACAAGCACGGAUAUCUUGACACCAUGGACAAAGAUCUUGACAAUGCGAAUCCGACCAUCCUGAGCGCGGCCCAGAUGCCGACGCGUCAGAGCAAGCGUGAAGCACCCAAGUCGGGCCCAUUCCAUAAGUUCGACGAUGUCAUCUUCGCUAAACCCUGGUACCUCUCGGAACCGUUCUGUGAUGAUGAUUCACUGUGGUCUGAGCCGGAGGCCGAUCACUCUCAGUGGACAGAAGAGCCCAUUGAUGAACAAGAAAUCUACGACUUGAUAUCAUCCAUCUCAGACCCAGAGCACCCCCUCUCCCUAGGACAACUUGCUGUUGUCAACUUGCCUGAUAUUCACAUUAGCCCUCCUCCACACAUGGCCAUGGACCCCAACAAGUUGGUCCAAGUGUUGGUCGAGUUGACGCCAACCGUUUCUCACUGUUCUCUCGCCACAGUGCUUGGUCUGGGAGUUCGCGUGCGCCUCGAGAAGGCACUUCCUCCCAAUUGGCGGGUGGAUGUGAGGGUCAAGGAAAACGCGCACGCGCAAGACGAUCAAGUGAACAAGCAGCUCAGUGACAAGGAGCGAGUUGCUGCCGCGCUGGAGAAUGAUACCCUGAAGGGGGUUCUGGACAAGAUGCUCGAAACUUGCGUCUGA